AUGUCUCCCGCCCUCUUCCUGUGCCAGCGUUGCAAUGAGCCCCUGAAACUCUUACAGCCGCAGGGCAGGGCCUUGGAAUUCCAGCACCAUGCCAAUGCCCCCCCAGAGAUGCCGGUUCCUGGGGCAUGCCAGGUCAGGACCUCUGGCAGAUGCGACUCUGACUGUGGCAGGACGUCCCAGGGAAGUGCCUGUUGCACUUUUACACUGCUUGGUGGGUCUUCCUCCAUGAGAACUUUGAACUCUAUCCAAAACACUGUGGUGGAGACCUUCGAAAUCCUCUCCGGUGAAAAGGUGGUGGACCACCCGCUGUGUGUGGACUGUACCGACAAUCUUCUGCUGCAGCUAGACAACCAGCUCACUCUCGUUGCAUCUGACAACCAGAAGUACCAAAGUUUCCUGGAGAGAGAGUCGCUGGUGAGUGAGGCAGAGGGGGAGGCGCUACACGCGGAGCUCUGUGCUGAGCUGUCCUGUCUGGAGCAGGAGGAAGCAAGGCUGACUCAGGAGCUAGAGGAACUAGAAGGCCAUCAGGCAAGGGUGGCCGCCGAACUCAGAGCAGCCCAGGCCGAGAGCGAGGAGCUAGAUCAACAGCAUGGACAGCACACGGCUGACUAUUCCGUUUUGAAGCUGGAACAGCUGGAGCUGAUGGACCAGCUGAGCAGUGUGGGGAACCAGAUAGAGUAUGCCCUGAGUCAGCUGAACCGCCUAAGAGGGACCAAUAUCUUCAACGCCACAUUUACCAUUUCAGAUGAGGGUCCCUUGGGCGUUAUCAACAAUUUCCGGCUGGGCUGCCUCCCCGAGGUCCGGGUGGGAUGGGCUGAGAUCAGUGCCGCCUGGGGACAGACAGUCUUAUUGCUCUUCAGCUUGUCCAAGCUAGCUGGACUGCGGUUCCAGAGGUAUCAACUGGUUCCCUUUGGGAACCAUUCCUAUCUCAAGUCCUUGACUGGUGAUGGUGUGCUGCCGUUGUUCUCCGAUGGGAGCCACAGCGUCUCCUUGAAUAACAAGUUUGACUGUGGGAUGAAGGCCUUCCUGGACUGUCUGCAGCAGUUCGUGGAGGAGAUUGAGAAGGAUGAGAGGUGCCCUUGUCUGCCCUAUAGGAUCCAUGUGAGGGAAGGGAUGAUGGAGGAUGCCUGGGACACCGGGGAGUUGUGCUCCGUCAGGACCCACCUGAACACGGAGCAGGAGUGGACGAAGGCUCUCAAGUUCAUACUCACCGACCUGAAGUUGAUCCUGGCUUGGGCUUCCUUAAGGCUUUCCAGAGUUGGUCUUAAAAACCCUGAUACCACCGCUGCCCUAGGUCCCUGAGUGCUGGGAUUGUACAAACCAACCAAGAAUGAGCACCGAUUACGUGUAUUUGCUCAAGGUGGCCCAGAUGUCACUGCUGGAGGGGGGUGACAAAUGAAGACAUGAUACUCCUGCUUUAAACAAUGAUAAAGUGAAGAAUUUGCCGGGAGUCAUGAGGACAACAGCUGAGGCCUGAAUUUCCUGAAGAAUUCUCUGGUGGCUCUGCUGUGCAGUGGACCUCGGGAGGACAGCAGCUGUCAUGGG